AUGACGAUGUCACAGCCAGGUUCGGCGGAGAAGACCAUUCGCAAAAUUGAUAUUGCCCAGGUUAGUAUUUCCCUGAGAGAUCCCUUGACAACCUCCAUCAUGGGCAAACUUCCCACCCUCCCCCAUAGGGUGCACAUGUCAACGCAAGAACCAAAAGAGACUUCCAAGACUGCAGAUAUCCUGCCAAGGACCUCCUGUGAAAAAACCCGGCUGACCAAGAAUCUACUCAUUCAGGUGUCCCUGAGUUUGCAGGAUCGGUUGGGUCUAGCAAAACUCAAGUACCAACAUGGCCGCCUUCAUGGUCUGAACUCCAUCUCUCCCUUGGACAGUGACAAACCCUCCGAUUCCUCCUCCGACUUCUCACGCAGCCGUUGCGAGACUCCCUUUACCUCCCCUCCCCUCCAAGCCGCCACCUACUCCAAGGAGCUUCCUCGGUCGGCUCGCAACAAGCAUGCGGUGACUUUCAAUUCCAGGGUUAUGCAGCCCAUGCUGUCUGCCAGCCGCAAGCGAUUGCGAUCCGAUUCAGGCACAGAACGACCAGCAAAGGUCCCCCGAGUCUCUUGGAAGAGAUCCUACCAGCUUCCCGAAUCCUCCCCAGGUCUCAACCGACACCUCACAUCCCGACAGACCCAUGUGCCCUUCAUGUCCGAGGCUCCCAUUCACGAGCUGUCAUCUCCAGUCUACCAUGGCCCAUCUGACGAGGAGAACGACCCCGAUCUCCCCUUGCAUAGCUUUCACAAUGUGAGCUCUAUGGUAGGCUCCUCUCCUCCGCGAACCCCGCCUCCCAAGCAUACCCGCCUGUCACGCAGUGAUCGGACAGCACAGCAUGAGGAUGGUGCCGAUCUACUGCUUUACCUCGCAAACUCUCCAACACCAGCUCGUGUCGCAGGGGGAUCGCAAAACCAAACCUUCCCGCCUUCGACUCCUCCCAGCCAACACGCUGCCCUGCCGUCGUUGACCCCGGGCCUCGGAACUCCUGGUCAACAAUUCAACUUCGCCGAUUUCGUGAAUGUGACACCAAGUCCAGCCCAGCCAGCAUGGGGUGGCCGUACACCUGGCAACCCUGGUCGAACUCCCUUGUCUACCAAAGAUGCUCGCAAACGACUGAAUUUCGAUGCUCUCGUGCCUCCCAGCACCUCAAGCCCCAGAAUCCCCAAAGAUGCCGGCCUUGCCUUGCAACUAGGUGGUGAGUUGCGGCCUUGA